UCCGCCUCGCCAUUUUCGAUUCGGUACCGAAGAGGGGGGCAACGAUGGCGCCGGCGGAUUCUUCGAGGACCGGUUCCGACGAAGAGGGUACAACUAAAGCAAGCGUUAUUCAUACAGCUCAAGUUCCUGCACUCCCUGCUUCUCCUUCUAUCUGCCUUCUACGGUUCGCUGGCGACUCUGCCUCCGGUGCCUUGAUGGGCUCCAUCUUUGGCUAUGGUGCUGGAUUGUUCAAGAAGAAAGGAUUUAAAGGAUCCUUUGUAGAAGCAGGAUCUUAUGCCAAGUCAUUUGCAGUUUUUUCCGGAGUUCACAGUUUUGUUAUCUGCAUCUUGAAAAGACUCAGAGGAAAGGAUGAUGUCAUUAAUGCUGGGGUAGCUGGAUGUUGUACUGGUCUUGCUCUAAGUUUUCCAGGUGCACCGCAAGAACUUCUGCAAAGCUGCCUCACUUUUGGAGCAUUUUCUUUCAUUGUUGAAGCGCUAAACAAGCGACAACCAGCCCUUGCGCAUCCCAUCUCCAGUAAAACAAGUGUGCACUACCCUAUACGUCGUCCUUCUCCCUUGGCACUUCCCCUCCAACUUCCCCUUCCUGAUGAAAUGAAAGGAGCAUUUUCCUCUUUCUUCGAGUCUCUGAAACAGCAUAGUAAGAGCACUUCUCCCACGUCUCGGUGAUAAAUUAAGGUUUUAUGAUUUUCUUCGGCGUCAUGUAAAUAAGACAUGACCUCUUUUUCUGUCCUUUUCUCUGCUACUUCUUCCUCUCUCUCUCUCUCUCUCUCUUUUCUCCUUUUUUUACGGUGUUCACUUCCUAUGAACCAUGUCAAUGAUUCUGUAAGAACUUAGGUGGGUUUACUUUCUGUUGAAGCUGGAAUUACCUCUGAUUAGAUUGGUUUCAUUGAAUACUUUCUAGAUGAUUGAACAGUGGGUUGAACGUGACAAUGAUGCGAUGGAAAAUUGUGAUAUUUUGUCAUGGUCAGUUGUAGUAAAAAUGAGUGUAAAGUGUGGGGGCUAUGUUUUGAAAUUUGUGGUGGUUGAGCAUGACCAAUAUACCUCGCAACGCAAGGAUUUAAGUUUUCCAAAUAUCUCCAUUUGUAAACGAAAAUUUUCUGUACUUUUCAAGAAAAAUAAUAGAAAAUGUGUUUAUUGAA